GCAUUACAACACUCUCAUUCUGACAGAUAAUGUCACGUUGGCAGCAUUUGUUCAGACCUGAAACAUUUUCUGAAAUACUCUGAUCUAAGUACUCUGUCGCGCAUACAGUCUCUUCAUUUGGACAAAAAAUAUUAUUUUUGGAUAAAUUCGACAUCAUCUCUCGUCAUGUGUGAGUGGUAGCUCUUGUCCGGCGUUUCCAUGCAACAGCGCAGGCGGCUGUGAAGCCACGAAGCACGCUGAGGGAUAGAUGCUGAGGGCUCUGUAGAUCUGUUUUGGGUCUGUGAAGGAACCCCGUGCGCCUUUAAAAAAAAAAAAAAAAAACCCAAUGGAGAGUCAAGCUGAUGGAGAUAAACCGGUUGGGAGCGUAAAGCAGUACGAUAGCGCAGAGGAGCCCGGUUCUCCUCCCCUGGCCUGUGAGCUCGAAGGCAGCCCGCAGCAGGAGGAGCACUCCAUGAUGAUGAGGAACGACCACUACCUGCCAGUCCCUGGAGAAGAGAAAAACCUGGAUGGAGACUACACCAAUAAAAAUGCUGGAAGCAACGUGUCCAUACCACUGAAAAAUCUUUAUGCCAAUGAUGGCUCGCCUCUGCAUCGGCUCGGCCCGUACUUCUCUGACGGCCAGCGACGGGUGGAUUACGUGCUGGCGUACGACAUCCAGAAGCCAAAUAGCAUCCGGCGACGGUCGGCCAAGUUUGGAGAAAACAACUUUGUCAGACGGUUUCGGCGCAGCCUGAGCAUGAGAAGUAGCAGAGCCCCACUGCAGCCAAAGGAGGACCCGGAGAUCGCUGCCCAGGAUCAUCGGACUGAUAAUUCUGAUGAUGACAAGCGCUUCAGGAGGGAAGACUUUGAGGAAAACCUCCUGGAGACGGGACUGGAGCUGGAAAAAGAUGAAGGGGGUAAGAUCCCUGGAAUCGGCUUCUUGAAGAUCCACGCUCCCUGGAACGUUCUGUGUCGAGAGGCUGAGUUUAUGAAGCUCAAGAUGCCAACAAAAAAGGUCUAUGAAGUGAAACAAGGCGGUAACGUGGUGGAGAAGAUCCGUCUGUUCAUUCGCAAAGUCACAGCUCCUCUUCACCCCAAAGUAGACGGCAACAAGCCCACAAAUGUCAAAUCUCUCUCUCACCCUUUCUCCAGAGAGAAGCAACAUCUAUUCGACCUGUCUGACCUGGACAAAUUCUUCGAUAGCAAGACCAGGAGCUCAAUAGUGUAUGAGGUACUGAAGAGGACAAGGUGCACCAAAGCAAAGUACGCCAUGGGGAUCACCAGUCUGCUCGCUAACAGGGACUACACAUCUGCUUAUCCUCUGCAUGAUGGAGACAUCGAGGGAGUGAGUGAAGAAACUAACGACAGGAAGCUGCUGUACGACGAGUGGGCCAGCUACAGCGUCUUCUACAAGUACCAGCCUAUCGGACUCAUCAGAAAGUAUUUUGGGGAGAAGGUUGGAUUAUAUUUCGCCUGGUUAGGAGUGUACACUCAGAUGCUGAUCCCCGCCGCCAUUGUCGGAGUCAUUGUUUUCCUCUACGGCUGUGCCACUGUCGAUGACAACAUUCCCAGUAUGGAGAUUUGUGAUCCCAGGAAUAACAUCACCAUGUGUCCGCUGUGCGACCAAGCCUGCAGCUACUGGAAGCUGGUGACAGCAUGUGGUACGGCCCGAGCCAGCCACCUGUUCGAUAACCCCGCCACCGUCUUCUUCUCCAUCUUCAUGGCGCUCUGGGCCGUUCUCUUCAUGGAGCACUGGAAGAGACGACAAAUGAGACUCAACUAUGUCUGGGACCUGACGGGCUUCGGAGAGGAGGAAGAGGAGGAACACAAGGACCACAACCGAGCUGAGUACGAGAUCAAAGUCAUGGAAAAGACGAUGCGCCAGGAGAAUUCUGAAAAGGCGGAGAAGGAGAAGCUGACAUGCAUGGACAGAAUGCCGGCUUACCUGGUCGUUUUUUUCACGAUGUGCUUAAUGAUUGCCGUCACGUUUGUCAUAGUCUUCGGAGUCAUCCUGUACCGCAUAAGCAUCAAGGCAGCACUGCACAUGAGCGGCUAUCCUGCAGCUCGCGCCAACGUCAGAGCCACCGUCAAAACCACCGCCGCCAUCAUCAACCUCAUCGUUAUCAUUAUCUUAGACGAAAUCUACGGCGCCAUUGCCCGCUGGCUCACCACAUUGGAGGUUCCAAAGACAGACAAGAGCUUUGAAGAGCGCCUCAUCUUCAAAACUUUCAUCUUAAAGUUUGUGAAUGCCUUCACUCCCAUCGUCUAUCUGGCCUUCUUCAGGGGCAGACUUGUCGGGCGCCCUGGAAACUACUUGUACGUCGUUGGGUCGUACAGAAUGGAGGAGUGUGCCCACGCAGGCUGCCUCAUGGAGCUGUGCAUCCAGUUGUGCAUCACCAUGCUGGGCAAGCAGCUCAUCCAGAACAACUUGUUUGAGAUCGGCAUACCGAAGCUGAAGAAACUGAUGCGGAGAAGGAAGUCAGAUAUGGACUCAAAAGAAGAGGAGGAGCAGAACAAAGCGCUGCAGCGCCACGAGAAAGACCACAUCCUGGGUCCUUUUGUUGGCCUCAGCCCAGAGUACAUGGAGAUGAUCAUCCAGUUUGGGAUGGUGACUCUUUUCGUGGCCUCCUUCCCUUUGGCGCCGCUCUUCGCACUUCUGAAUAACAUCAUCGAGAUCCGCCUGGACGCCAAGAAGUUUGUGAUGGAGCUGCGAAGGCCGAUAGCAGCUAAAGCCAGAGACAUUGGUAUCUGGUACAACCUCUUGAGAGGCCUCAGCAAAGUAGCAGUCAUCGUUAAUGCCUUCGUCAUCUCCUUCACCUCUGACUUCAUCCCCCGGCUCGUCUAUCAGUACGUGUACAGUCCUGACGGCACCAUGCACGGCUUCGUCAACCACACGCUGUCCUACUUCAACGUCAGCGACUUCCAGCCAGGCACAGACCCGCUCAUGCCGAUGCACCUGGGCUACAAGGUAGACAUAUGCAGAUAUAAGGACUACAGAGAGCCUCCUGGGUCCAGCACACAGUACGAACUCUCCAAGGAGUUUUGGGCCAUUCUGGCUGCACGCCUCACGUUUGUCAUCGUCUUUCAGAACGUGGUGAUGCUCAUGAGCGACUUUGUGGACUGGCUCAUCCCGGACAUCCCCAAGGACAUCAGCCUCCAGAUGCACAAGGAGAAGAUCCUCAUGGUGGAGCUCUUCAUGAAAGAGGAGCAGGGCAAGAGGCUGGCAGCGCGGGACAACCACAACCAGGACAGCUACACCUCCCCGUCGUCGGCCUAUCAGAGCCCGCCGCAGCCCCGCUCACGGCCCGUGUCGUACGCAAACUACUCUUAAACCGCCGGGCUGCUGGUACUCUGAGAAAACAAGCACAAAAAGCAACAAGCAGACGCGACACAUGUAUACAAAGUGUAAAUAUGUCAACCGGCUGAUUUAAUAUAGGUGUUUAAGGUUUAGAGAGUUAACUAAAUAAUCAGCAACGCUUUGCUGCUUUUACGCGGUUUUGGGAACCCGACGCUCAAAAUCUAAACUUUGACAUGUUGACUCCUUCACCAUAGAGACUGCUUGUUUUCCUCUUUUUAAACCUUUUACAGUGUCAAGAUGUUACAUUUUACAGCGAGCCGCACGUUGCAUAGUCAGCCAUUAACCAAAAACGCCAGCAGAUAUUUAGACGAUAUUCAAAAGAUUUACGAUCAUUACACAUUAUUUAUUGGAUGUAUUCGAAAAGGAACAAGCCAUUUAGUUUCAUUUAGCUCGAGGGAAUUACCGUGUUGACGAGAUCUUCAUUCAGGACGUCUGACAAAGCAGUGCCAAACCUUCAUGGGAAUCAUUUUGUUUCAAGCAGUGAGUUCAUCCCUGCAGCUCUUUCCCCAUGAAACAUGAAUCCAGGAUGUCUUCUGUCAAUCCGUCCCGAUGCUCCUGCUGAGAAGACUGUCCUGGAGGUAUCUCACUGCAGAGACAUGCACACACAGAGAUCAUCCCUCCUGCCGUCAGUGUGUGAAAAACCCAGAUUGGACUUUUGUUGUUUGGCUUUGCACAAUUAUAUACAAAUGUAGGAAUUUAUCGAUGUACUUUAAAAAAAAUAAUGCAACAUGGUCAGGCACAUGUGGUCCGGUUGCUGGGAUCAAAAUCAAGGUUUUGGAAAACCGUCUGUGUCAAGCGACCUGUUGAUUUGUACGAUUCUCUCGUUUGAGCACAGUAUUGCUCAUUGUUACAUUUGUUACGCUUUGAGUACGAACAAACUGCCUAACAGCGCUCAGUGCCGUUACUACUCCUGGAAGCACAAGUCACAUUUUUUAUUCCUUCCAAUGAACUGGAAUUUGUAAAGCUUAAAUUGGUGAGAUUUACAGUGUAAACACAACAUGAUGUCAUGCUCCACCUGCCCCGAACAGAGAUGCUGAACUGUAGAUACUUUAAAUCCACUUCACCCUUAUAUCUGUUAAAACUUUCAGAGUUGUUUAUUACAGCUGAUUUUUGAGCCACUUGGGGGCAGCAAACAAAUGACAAACUGAAAACACAAAAUAGAUAUACAUCAAACUAACGGGAACAUAAACUAAUUAAUUUUCCCUGUUUCUGCUUAUUCAGUCCAGUAUUUAAUAUUCUACUCUAUCUUUCUCAUGGCUCUUCGAUCUCCUUUUUAACUUAAUUUGUCUGCUGUUCACUGUUGAGAAGUUUUAAGUACACUCAUGCUGUGUCCCAAAAUCACACACUAUACUCACUAUAUAGUGCUCAAUAUAUGAAACACUAUGUUGUAUUGCUGUAAAAAGUAUGAGAAAGCAUUAUUAAACCCUACAUAGUGGAUUCAGUGCAUCUGACGGCCACCAACAAAGCAAUAUACACAGUACCAUCAUGCAUCACAGUGCAAAGCUUUCGCUCGCAGGAAGAGACGUGUGACGGCCCUGAGCAGUGGCGAUUCUAGAGUCUGGUGUGGCCCUAGGCAAAAAUGUAUUGGGGGCCCUCCAACCAACGUUCAUCAUUAUUUCUGCCAGCCGACGCUCUUUUCUAUAGAAAGCUAAUUACUGUUUAUUUUACUUCAGUAAAAUGGAGGUUUCCUACUGUCAUUGCAAAAUUUGCAAAUUUGGAGCCACUGCUUUGGUUUGUUUGUGAGCCUUCAGGGGCCCCCUACGGGUCUGGGGCCCCAAGCAGUUGCCUGCCUUGCCUGUUGACAAACAGCCGUGGCAGACCAUUAGUCUCUAUAGAAAAUCAACAAAUCUCAAAAAUAACAGAGUUGUGGAAGUGUUUCAUUAUUUAGUUAAAAUCACAGAACUUUAUAUUUAAUAUUUUAAAUAAACACAAGGCACCCUAAUGAAAGGAAAGGUGCUCAGUGAAGCCAUCCCUCAUCCUAAUUAUGCUACUAUGCCCUACUGAUGAGUUUCAUAACCUACCUGUACCCUAUGGCCCUUCAACAUCACCCAGGCUGUGAUGUGAGCUCCAGGUAGUGAAAAUGCUAAAACUACCUUCCCUACUACACGGCCUCACGUGGCCCCCACUACCCAACCGUGUAGGCUGAUGGACAGCAGGAACCUAGUGUCUAGUGGGAAACUCCCUUUACUGGUUAGUCCCAAUGACACCUCAGGGACACAGGACAGUGAGCUCCAAGAUCCCAGAGUCACCCCACUCUAUGCCGGCUCUCACCACCCACCACACCCACACGUACAACUUCUCUCUCUAAAUAUAUAUAUUUAUUUAUUUUUUUCUAAAGAUUUAUUUUGGGCUUCUUGUGUCUUUUAUUGGAGAGAUAGGACAGUGGAUAGAGUCAGAAAACCGGG